AUGGCCUCGACAUCAGCAACAGCACUUCGAGCAGCCAAGCGGCAACUUCGCAAAACCAUGACCAUCACCCUUGCAGCCAUGCGACCGGAAGAAAUCGCCAAACAGUCCCAAAAAGUCGCCGAGCAAGUGCUUCAGUCGCAAACAUACACACGAGCACGUUCCAUCAGCGUAUACAUCCAUAUGGGCGUAGGAGAAGUCAUGACCGAUGAGAUCUGCAGAUCAGCUCUCAAGGAUGGCAAGAAGCUCUAUGUGCCAUUGUUCGCAUCACCAACAAACCCAGCAGCAGCAACAGGACCAACAGUGGCAUCCGCAUCAGCCGACAUCAAGACUGAGUUUGCGACGGAUAUGAUCAUGUUGCGGCUGCGAGAUGUGGCGGAGUACGAGUCGAUGGCGGCGAAUCGGUGGGGGAUUCGUGAACCUCCACUGACGUAUGCUGAUGGAACGAUUCGUGAGGAAGCUCUGGACGAGACAACAGGUGGCGAUGGGCUUGAUCUUAUCCUUGCACCGGGCGUUGCGUUCGACCAGCUUGGCGGCAGACUAGGACAUGGCAAAGGCUACUACGAUCGAUAUUUGACAAAAGCAGACGAAUGGGCAUCCCGUAGAGGUAUCAAGGGUCCUGUGACAGUAGCACUGGCAUUGCGAGAACAGGUGCUGCCUUUGUCGGAGCGUGUACCUGCUGAUGAGCGCGAUCGUGUUCUCGACGGAAUCAUUUCGCCAGACCGUACCAUGUUGCCGCCGACAUCGUCUCGUUGGUCACCAUGA